AUGCCCGCUCGUACAGCAUUUUCCCGUGUCCCUGCAGGCCAUCGCCGAGCCGAUGAUGCUGCUUUCACACGGAGAAUCGAGCAUGGAUUGAAGUCAUCACAUGAAGGCGGGAAUGGAAAGGAGGCCAUCUUGAUGCUCAAGCAGAGAAAUGAGUAUCUAUACCUAAAAGCGCUUGCUACGUUUGGUGGUCGUGAUGAAUCCACCAAGCAAAAAAGUUUAGUGCAGCGAAUCAAGGUACUAUCUGACAAGCGGAUUUAG